ACAUUAAUCCCAGGUCCACAACCUCAUGACGUAGACGCCGAGUGCAGCGCGGGAUACUCUCGCGAGACUUGGUUACAGGCGAUCAUGUGACAGUCCAAGAUGGCGGCGCCCAGCGAGGCGGAGGAAGAGGCAGCAGUUUACCUGGUCGUGAGCGGUAUUCCCCCGGGGUUGCGCUCGGCCCAGCUACGGAGCUACUUUAGCCAGUUCCGAGAGCAGCGCGGCGGAGGCUUUCUCUGUUUCCACUACCGGCAUCGGCCUGAGCGCGCCCCUCCCCACGCCGCUCCCGACUCCGCCCCGACUACCGCCGGCCGUGCUGCUGAGGGUCCAGCUCUCGCCGAGACUUCGGCCACCGAUGCCGGCGCUGUCUCGACCCGCACCUGCUGCUGCGUGAUCUCGGUACGAGGACUGACGCAAGCCCAGCGAUUUCUCCGCAUGUACUCGGGCCGCCGGUGGCUGGAUUCCCAGGGCACUUGGCUGCCGGGUCGCUGUCUCAUCCGCAGACUUCGACUACCUACUGAGGCAUCAGGUUUGGGCUCCUUUCCCUUUAAGACCCGGAAGGAGCUGCAGAGGCGGAAGACUGACAGUGAAGCCUUCACCCUGGCCGACCUGAGGCAGCUGCCAGAGUUGAACCCACCGGUGCUGAUGCCCAAUGGCAACGUAGGCACUCCCCUGCGGGUCUUCCUGGAGUUGAUCAGGGCCUGCCGCCUGCCCCCUCGGAUCAUCACCCAGCUGCAGCUCCAGUUCCCCAAGACGGGCUCCUCUCGACGCUACGGCAACGUGCCCUUCAAGUACGAGGACUCGGAGACCGUGGAGCGGGAAGAGCUUGUGUACACAGCUGAGGGUGAGGAGAUACCGCAGGGAACCAGCCUCGAAGUGCCAGCCAGCCCCUGCGGAGGGCCUGAGGAGGAAGGGGAGGAGCAGGAGGAGGAGGAGCCGCACUCAGAAGACGACGAUGACCGGGGUGAGGAGUGGGAGCGGCACGAAGCACUGCACGAGGAUGUGACGAGGCAGGAGCGAACCACCGAGCGGCUCUUCGAGGAGGAGAUCGAGCUGAAGUGGGAGAAGGGUGGCUCCGGCCUGGUGUUCUACACCGACGCCCAGUUCUGGCAGGAAGAAGAAGGAGACUUCGAUGAACAGACAGCCGAUGACUGGGACGUGGACAUGAGUAUAUACUACGACAGAGGUGCUGGAGACAAGGAUGCCCGAGACGCUGUCCAGAUGCGUCUGGAACAGAGACUCCGUGAAGGCCGGGAAGAUGGCUCUGUGAUUGAACGCCAGGUGGGAACCUUUGAGCGCCACACCAAGGGCAUUGGGCGGAAGGUGAUGGAGCGACAGGGAUGGGCCGAGGGCCAAGGCUUGGGCAGCAGGUGCUCAGGGGUGCCCGAGGCAUUGGAUGGUGAUGGCCAGCACCCCAGGUGCAAGCGUGGAUUGGGGUGAGUGUGGCUGAGGGACUCGUUGAGGCUCCAAGGCAGCCUUCAGCUGUACCCUGGUUUCCUUUUUCCCAGUUGGACGUGGGAAGGUGCUUGGGGACAAACUUUGAAGCAGAAUUAGAAGGAAAAAGCGGUUCUGGCACUGUUUUGUUUAGACCAAGCGCUGACUUAACAGGUUGUUGAUCGCCUGUUCGCUCAUUCUGCAGUCUGCAGUUAGGACUCGAGAGCUGCUGGGGAGUCUCCAGUGACGGAACCAGCGUGUGGCUGAGGCCCCCGCUGCUGGCGCUGUCAGUGGAUAGAGGAGCCGAGAGCAAAGAUCCAGACCAGAUAGUUGUAGCUUGUUUUUAAGAUUUAUUUAUGGCUGGCUCUGCGGCUCACCAGGCUAAUCCUCCGCUUUGCGGCGCCAGCACACCGGGUUCUAGUCCCGGUCGGGGCGCUGGAUUCUGUCCCGGUUGCCCCUCUUCCAGGCCAGCUCUCUGCUGUGGCCAGGGAGUGCAGUGGAGGAUGGCCCAGGUGCUUGGGCCCUGCACCCCAUGGGAGACCAGGAAAAGCACCUGGCUCCUGGCUCCUGCCAUCGGAUCAGCGCGGUGCGCCGGCCACAGCGGCCAUUGGACGGUGAACCAACGGCAAAAGGAAGACCUUUCUCUCUGUCUCUCUCUCUCUCACUGUCCACUCUGCCUGUCAAAAAAAAAAAAAAAAAAGUGACAUGGUGAGUGUUUUAAGUCGGUGGGCAGAAGUGAAAGAAUGAAAUCAGAUGCAGUGGGAUUUGAGCCUGCCGCCCACCGGAAGGCGCUGGUGCAAGGCAUCUUGUAGGAAGAGUGCCCCUUAUGUCCUGGGAGAAGGAAAUGAGGGUGGCAUUAGAACAAAACAGAAAGAGGAGGAGACUGAAGGGGACAGCUUACGCCGUCUCGAGUGCCCGGCCUGAUGGGGGAGACUUGGGCUCUGAG